UGUGAGUACUGUUGUUUGCAUUUGUAUUCGCUGUACACAGUGCGGAACUGUAUUAAUUACAACACAACAACAAAGCCUGCUCGUUGGGGGAGCCUAUUUCACAGCGCACAGCAGUUGAUGGCCCGUUUGUCUUGACAGACAGGCUUCUCUACGAAUCACGUCGCGGAGAUAUUCCUCUCGAGCAAUCACUGUACGGCAAGGGGCGGAGAUUAGAUUAGGAAAACAACAGGAGGAGGCAGGUUCCGCGAAGGAAGGAAAGAGGGACAGGCAUUUUUUUUAAUAUCGUAACAGGCAUCUCGCUACCUUGUGAGGGCGGGGCUUUCUCGUCUCGAUUUUCAGCUGAAGGGCAGUGCUUUAUGAUGUGCUGAAAACAGAGAAGCCUUCAUCUCCUCGUCUCCCAUCUCCAUGCCUGGGCAGCUGCAGAGCCUGAAGCUGCGGAGCCCCUGCUGUCUGGUCUCGCCUCCUUGUUCAUAGAGCCCCCUCCCUCUUGCACCCCUCAGAAUGGAGGUUGUGGUGGCCAAGCUGCUGUGCCUGCUUGGCGUGUUUGUGCUCAUGAUGCUGGGCUCGCUGGUCCCGGUACGGAUGAUCCCAGUGGACUAUGAGAAAGUCCAGCGCUCCCGGAAGAUCCUGGCUCUGUGCAACUCCUUCGGAGGGGGUGUCUUCCUGGCCACCUGCUUCAACGCACUGCUUCCAGCCGUGCGAGAGAAGGUGGCGGAGGUGCUGAAGCUGUUGAGCGUGGAGACGGACUACCCCCUGGCAGAGACCAUGAUGAUGCUGGGCUUCUUCCUGACGGUGUUCGUAGAGCAGGCCGUGCUGACCUUCCGCAAAGAGAAGCCGUCCUUCAUAGACCUGGAGACCUUCAACGCGGGCGGCUCGGAGGCAGGCAGUGACUCGGAGUACGAUAGCCCCUUCAUCGCCAACUCCCACGGAGACCACCGCGGCCACGGCCACCUGCUCCCCUCCGAGCUGACCCGCGCCGGACCGCUUCGCCUGGCCAGCCUGGUCUUUGCCCUGUCCGCCCACUCCGUCUUCGAGGGGCUGGCCCUGGGGCUGCAGGAGGAAGGGCCCAAGCUAUUCAGCCUCUUCCUGGGCGUGGCCAUCCAUGAGACCCUGGCGGCCGUGGCCCUAGGUGUCAGCAUAGCCAAAGCCGCUCUGCCCAUGAGGGACGCAGCCAAACUGGCCACCGUAGUCAGCCUGAUGAUCCCCCUCGGUGCUGCAGUGGGCAUGGGCAUCGAGAGCGCCCAGAACCUGGCGGGCAGCAUCGCCUCGGUGGUGCUGCAGGGCGUGGCGGCCGGCACCUUCAUCUUCGUGACGUUCCUUGAGAUCCUGGCCCACGAGCUGGAGGACAAGCAAGACCGGCUCCUCAAGGUGCUGUUCCUCAUCCUGGGCUACGCAGUGCUGGCCGGCCUGGUCUUUGUCCAGUGGUGAGGUGAAGCACCACUAUCUUUAUUUGUGGAACAAGAGACACCAGUACUGGGAAGGCUUUCCUUGAGACCCCGUGUCAGCUCAGGUCAGUGAUCUCAGUGCUGUUUGCAAACCAUCCUGUACCAGGUGUGGCUGAUGGCAGUAAUCGAUCCCCUGCAGAGGAUGCAUAUCCCCCCCUGAUAGUUGAGGCGUCAUAAAUGCACGUCACACUUAAGUUUCUAUAUUGCAACCCCAUGGGCUUAUGAAAUGCAUUCCAUAGUGUAGAGUGUACUAAACGUUUAAGAAGAACAUCCAGGCAGGUGAAACUUGUUAUGGACAUUCAUUAGCACAAAACACAUCUUGAAAGUAUUAUAGUCUAAGACUUUCAUACUCAAAUUAGAUUUUGUUGUGGGCCACCUUUAGGAACUGCAUGGCAAGUCUGCAGACUGUGUGUAUUAUCAUACCAUAGUUAGUUAUUGUUAUGAAAACUUGCAUGAACAAUAGGAUCAGCAAUCCACUAACACCUACAACAAACUAACACAGUCAACUGACUGUUAAGUCAUUAUAAAAAAAAGGUAUGCUUGCAUGUAAACACAAGCCAUUUUCAAAUGAUUUAACAGUCUGUUAAUACAUACCAAUUUGAAGUAUAAUUUAUUUUAAUGGAAUACAUGCUAUGGAUGUUGGUGUUAGGACAGUAGCCCCAUGGAGUUCCAGUACUCACUCACUAUACAAUAGGUAUGGCGACCCACUUAGGUUAUUUUAUUUUUUUUGUCUUGUGAUUAAUUACGCAAGUGAAGGCGAUAUUUCUGACUACAAGCAGCUACACCUGGUAAGGGACUAUAAAUGGAGCACCGCACUCCUUCCCUGACACACAUACCAGAAUUUCGGAGGACAGCGUGUGCUCGUCAGCGCGAGGGUGGUAGCGGUGAGCUAUUUAAAGAUACGUUAUUUAAACAGUUGUAGCAACACGUGGGGACGGGGAAUGCUAGAUUUUUCGGAUCCCCACUGCUUACCCUUUAAGACCCCACUUAAAUAUAUUAGGGGUCAAUUCUAUUCUCUUAAGACUUACAAUUCAAAAUGAAGCGGGGUCCUCUUCACAACCGAUGGGCACUGUUUAGGUCUGUCCUGUAUAGCAAGGGACGUUGUAACUGUAAUAUAGGAGGGUAUUAUAAGCCAGGAUUGGAGGAAAAAAAACACACUAAACAAUCUGAAAUCUCUUAAAGAACAAAGGGUUUUUUUGUGUGUAAUUUGGGUUGUGUGUAGAUGGGGAUUAAUCAGAACAGUCACUUCAGACAGGUUUUUAUUAAUCGUUUUACUACAUCUGUUUUAAUGUACCUUCUGUAUUUAAUACAUGCAUGUUCUGUGCUUAUUUAUUUGAAGACAUUGGCACAUGGCUGCCUCCAUGAAGCAACUAAACAGCACACACCUCAAACUGAAAAUGCUAGCUGAUGGCUGUCAAAUGCUUUGCAUUCAAAGUUGCAAGGAACAGUUUCUUGAGUAUAAAGGGGCAAUAAGUGAAUCUGAAAUGUUUAUGGCCAGUGUGCAAAGAUUUUAUAUGCAGAACUACAUCUGAUUAUUUUGUUCCAAUAAUUGUCAACUUGCUUACUUUUGAAAAUGACAAACGCUGGAGAAAUGAAACGUUGGAUUCAACAAUGCCAGAAGUCAGUUUCAUAUCUGCUGUAUUCAAGGUAUUUCUCCACUGGAUGUGGUUCUUCAGCCUGUUUAUAUAGUUCUGUGCAGGGUUGGGGUCAGUUCCUUUUUAUCAAUUCCAAACUCCAAAUUCCAAUUCCUUUGAAGGAAUUGGAAUUGGAAUUGAUUAAAAGGGAAUGGAAUUGGAAUGGACCCCAGCCCUGGUUCUGUGUGUGCUGUGCAUUGUCCAGUUGUAAUUAUGGUGCAGGUUUUCUUACAGCAGCUGCUGUUUAGUUACCAAAUAACAAAACAAACAAAGUUAGCCUACAUGGAUUCUUCCAGUAAUGUGGUGUUCUGUUCCAUAAUUUAAACCAGCCAACAACAGGCAGCUUUCUACUAGAAUCCCUCCAGUAAACUGACAGUUAUGGUUUGUGCUAAGUUGUUGAUAGUAUAAGAAUCUAUUAAAUGGCUAUAUAGCAAUGCCAGUUUUUUUUUUUUUUUUU